AUGCUUGUCGUUAAAAAGAAUAGAAUGAAUACAAUAUUAAUCUGGUUAUUUCUAAUUGGUCUUGGUUUAGUUUGUUUAUUUAUUUUUGGAAUUUUCAAUACUUGUCUUGAUUUCUUCUUAAGCUAUUUUUAUACUCGGCAUAAAGUACUUCGUCGUCGUCAACGUCCAUCACGUAUUUUUCUUGUUCGACAUGGUCAAUCUCAAGCAAAUAUUGAUACAACUUUAUAUGCUCGUAUAGCUGAUCAUGAUAUUGAAUUAACGGAAAAAGGCCAUGAACAAGCUAUUGAAGCUGGUAAAAAAUUACAUUCAUUAAUUGGUAAAGAAUCGGUUUAUGUUUAUAUGAGUCCAUAUACACGUUCAAAACAAACUUGGUCAUAUAUACGGAAAUCAUUUUCACCAUUACAAAUUAUAACUGAACGUGAAGAUCCACGUUUACGUGAACAAGAAUUUGGUAAUUUAGCUAAUUUAACAACAUUACCACAAAUAUUUGAAGAACGUGAUCGUUUAGGACAUUUUUUUUAUCGUUUUUCAUGUGGUGAAAGUGGUGCUGAUGUAUAUGAUCGUGUAUCAUUAUUUCUUGAUACAUUAUUUCGUGAAAUGGAUAAUGGACAUCAUGAUCCAACACAAAAUAUAAUUAUUGUAGCACAUGAACUUUUCAUGCGUUUAUUUCUUAUGCGUUAUUUUCGUUGGACUGUUGAUGAAUUACAGAAUUUAAAAACAUUUAAUAAUUGUGAAAUAUGUCAAUUAAUAAAAAUUGAUGGUGUCUAUACACUUAAUGGACAUAGAAGACCGCCAACACAAUCAUCAUAA